AGAAGAAGAAGAAGAAGAAGAAGAAGAAGAAGAAGAAGAAGAAAGUGCCUCGUUUUAUUGUUGAAGGUUAAACGUCGUCCGUAGUACAGGUUGGGUUCCGACUAAAUUCGGACAGACAGACCGAUGGAUCCUAUGAAGGCGCAGCAGCUGGCGGCGGAGCUGGAAGUCGAAAUGAUGGCGGACAUGUACAAUCGCAUGACCAAUGCCUGCCACCGGAAGUGUGUGCCCCCCCACUACAAGGAGGCGGAGCUUUCUAAGGGAGAGGCAGUGUGCUUAGACCGCUGUGUGGCCAAGUACCUGGAGCUUCAUGAACGCCUGGGCCGCAAGCUGACCGAACUGUCCGUACAGGAUGAGGAGCUGAUGAAGCGUGCUGCUGUGGGCUCCGCCUCUGGAUAGGACUCCAGCCACCUGUUGGGCAACUGAGGGGGAAGGGUGGUGCUCACUGAAUCCUUUUUUUUAUUUUUUAUUAUAUAUAUAUAUAUAUAUAUAUAUAUAUAAUAAAAAAUAUCUAUAUAUAUAUAUAUAUGAUGAGGAACUCUGUGUACAUGAUGUCAUUCUCAGCCUCAAACCAGGGCCAAUGUGUUUGGUGGAGGAGGUGGUGGACAUGAAUGUGUAUGUGAAGUAUAAUACAAGUCAGCCAGCUUUUAUAUUACACUGCGUUUAACAUUGUUCUAAAACAAGCCAGAGUAAAACAGCUUGUAAUAAAUAGCUUUGUGUAUGCCAGUGGAGCCUAUUGCAUGCUUGUGUGUGCGCACAUAUGUGUGUGUUCUUGCAUGCCUCUGUGCGGGCAUAUAAAUGAGUGUGUACUUGCA